UGCGGACGCUCCCCCCUUCCCCCCGGCUCCAGCCGGCGCAGGCAGCGGCAGCAAGCGAGCCGCGGCCCCGAGAGGCCAUGAAGGUGAAGAAGGGCGGCGGUGGCGGGGCCGGGACGGGGGCGGAGCCCUCUCCGGGGCCCUCGGGCCGGAGCACCGAGCCCACCCUGGAGCCGCGGGCUGAAUCCGAAUCCGGGUCCGAGUCGGAGCCGGAGGCAGGCCUGGGGCCCAGGCCGGGACCGCUGCAGAGGAAGCAGCCCAUCGGGCCGGAGGAUGUCCUGGGGCUGCAGCGGAUCACGGGCGACUACCUGUGCUCCCCUGAGGAGAACAUUUACAAGAUUGACUUCGUCAGGUUCAAGAUUCGGGACAUGGACUCUGGCACUGUCCUCUUUGAAAUCAAGAAGCCCCCAGCCUCAGAGCGACUGCCCAUCAACCGGAGGGACCUGGACCCUAAUGCUGGGCGUUUUGUCCGCUAUCAGUUCACCCCUGCCUUUCUCCGCCUGAGGCAGGUGGGAGCCACGGUGGAGUUCACGGUGGGCGAGAAGCCGGUCAACAACUUCCGCAUGAUUGAGCGGCACUACUUCCGCAACCAGCUUCUCAAGAGCUUCGAUUUCCACUUCGGCUUCUGUAUCCCCAGCAGCAAGAACACCUGCGAGCACAUCUACGACUUUCCCCCGCUCUCUGAGGAGCUGAUCAGUGAGAUGAUCCGUCACCCGUUUGAGACACAGUCUGACAGCUUCUACUUCGUGGAUGACCGGCUGGUGAUGCACAACAAAGCAGACUAUUCCUACAGUGGGACUCCCUGACCCCCACGGCCACUCCUGACCCCCGGGGGCUCCAGGCCCUGAGCUGUCACCGCCCCAGCUGUUCUGCCUUGGCAGUGUUGGUGGAGCCCUGACCACUGAGUACUUUGAGGAGGAAGGGUGCCUGGUGUGCACAGUCUACACCCACAAAGUCCCCAGGGGGCUGGUGCAGGGGAAUGGGGUGGCAGGGGGAGGGUGCUGUUGGCUUCCAUGUCCAGAAAGGCCUCCUGUGAGAAGAGCAGCCAGGAUGCAGAGAUAAUUUCAGAAGGUCUCCUCUCUAGCUGUGACAAGGCCAGGGCAGCAUUCAUUGCUUGUCCCCUGCCCGUGACACCAUCAGGCCGUUUAGAAUUCAGAGUUCACAGAUACAGAUCCACAGUGGGGUCUGGCCCCAGCCCUGGCUUCCCCCAGUGAAGGCCGAGACACUGCCCAGGGUGUUGGGACAGGGGGACUGGCCUGGGUUGCAGCCUGCAGUAGGAGCUGAACCCGUUGUAUAUAGUUUUCAAUAAACUUUCUCCUUUUCUGUU